AUGGAGCAAAAAGCAGAUAAGCUGGAUAAAGAAAGUUUCACCCUUCUCUGUUCAAUCUGUCUGGAUUUACUGAAGGAUCCAGUGACUAUUCCCUGUGGACACAGCUACUGUAUGAACUGUAUUAAAACCCACUUCGGUGAAGAGGAUCAGAGGAAGAUCUACAGAUGCCCUCAGUGCGGACAGAUCUUCACACCGAAGCAUGUCUCGAAGAAAAACACCACGUUAGCAGCUUUAGUGGAGCAGGUGAAGAAGACUGGACUCCAAGCUGCUCCUGCUGAUCACUGGUAUGCUGGACCUGAAGAUGUGGCCUGUGAUGUCUGCACUGGGAGGAAGAGAAAAGCCUUCAUGUCCUGCCUGACUUGUCCGGCCUCCUACUGUAAGAAUCACCUCCAGCAUCAUUAUGAUACACCUCCAUUAAAGAAACACAAGCUGGUGGAGCCCUUCAAGAAGCUUCAAAAGAAAAUCUGCUCUCAUCAUGAUGGCGUGAUGAAGAUGUUCUGUCGUACUGAUCAACAGAUAAUCUGUUAUCUCUGCUCUGUGAAGGAUCAUAAAGGCCACGACACAGUCCCAGCUAAAGCAGAAAGGACUGAGAGGCAGAGAGAGCUCGAGGUGAGUCGACUAAACAUCCAGCAGAGAAUCCAGGACAGAGAGAAAGAUGUGAAGCUGCUUCAACAAGAGGUGGAGGCCGUCAGUCGCUCUGCUGAUAAAGCAGUGGAGGACAGUGAGAAGAUCUUCACUGAGCUGAUCUGUCUCCUCCAGAAAAGAAGCUCUGAUGCGAAGCAGCAGAUCAGAUCCCAGCAGGAAACUGAAGUGAGUCGAGUCAAAGAGUUUCAGGAGAAGCUGCAGCAGGAGAUCACUGAGCUGAAGAGGAAAGACGCUGAACUGAAGCAGCUCUCACACACAGAGGAUCACUGCCAGUUUCUACAAAACUACCCCUCAUUGUCACAACUCAGUGAACCUACAGACUCAUCCAGCAUCAAUAUCCGUCCUCGAAGAUACUUUGAGGAUGUGACAGCAGCUGUGUCAGAGCUCAGAGAUAAACUACAGGACAUCCUGAAGGAGGAAUGGACAAAGAUCUCACUAGCAGUGACUGAAGUGAAGACCAGAGCUGGAUUCUUAAAAUAUUCACGUGAAAUCACUGUGGAUCCAAAUACAGCACACACACUGUUGGUACUAUCGAAUAGCGACAGAAAAGUAAAACGAACGAGAAAACAUUUGUCUUAUACUCCUCAUCCAGACAGAUUCACUCAUUGGCGUCAGGUCCUGAGCAAAGAGAGUUUGACUGGACGUUGUUACUGGGAGGUGGAGUGGAGCGGGGAAGGAGUUGAUAUAGCAGUCACAUACUAUGAUAUCGGCAGAGCAGGAGGUACAAGUGAUUGUCUGUUUGGACGUAAUGUCAAAUCUUGGAUGUUGUAUUGUGACACCACAAGUUCUUCAUUUUGGUUCAACAAUGUCUUUACUCGUGUCUCAGGUGCUCUGCCCUCCAGGAUCGGAGUGUACCUGGAUCACAGCGCAGGUAUUCUGUGCUUCUACAGCGUCACUGAAACCAUGACUCUCCUCCACAGAGUCCAGACCACAUUCACUCAGCCUCUCUAUGCUGGACUUGGGUUUGAUCAUUUUGGAGCCACCGCUGAGUACUGUAAACUAAAAUAG